AUGAACGAAACGGAUAUUAUACUGGUUUAUAUACCCAAUGGUAUCGUUAAAAGUGUGCGAUAUAAUUUCGAAAUCAAAGUUCAGAAAGUGAUUCAUGUCUUAUUAUCAUCAUUGGGCAUUGAUCGUGUAUCAUUCGGAUAUUUCGCUCUUCGCUUAAUUCGAUCUCCGGUAACACAAACAUGCAGUAAUAACAAUGACUGCCACUGGCUACAUUCAGCUCUUACAAUGCGACAUGUUUAUAACAAAUUCUUCAACAGAAGUUCGAGUUCCGUUCAACUGCGGUUUGAGUUACGGCUACGUUUCAUAUCGAAAGAUCUUGAGGAAAUGUAUCAAACAGAAACGGAUGCUUUUAUGUUUUUGCAUGACCAAGUUCUGGCUGAUUAUGUAACUCAGGUGUCAUGGAAAAUUCCUUCCGAGACAGCCAUUGAAUUGGCUGCUUUACAGAUACGUCGAAAGCUUGGAAAUCAAAGCUCGUGUAGCAUCGAAAAGUGUUUAAAUUUGGAUGAACUUGAAGCCGAAGGAACUCUUGCGCGGUUACUGCCUGAAACUAUGCUCAUUAAUAUGAAGUCAAAAAUACUGAGGAAAGCAUUAACAGCUGCAGUGAAAAGGCAUGCAUUGCUUACACCAACAGAAUGCACUUUCCAUUUCCUGGAAAUUGUUAAACGAAUAACGCAAUUUGAUAGAGAAAUAUUUAGAGCUUCUUUGGGCGUCGUUUGGAAGAAUCCAUUAGAUGUUAUGGUAGGUAAUGAUAUUGGUGUUUCCUGCGCUUCAGAUGGACGCGGCCGAGGACCUAUUUUGUUGGCAAGAUUACAAUACAUUAUCAAUUUGACAUUAUUGAAAUUGGAUGAAAAAUCGGAAAAAACUGUAGUUAAUUUGAAAAUAACGGGGAGCUCACGACAGCUGUCAAUUAUAUUGCCAACGUGGUCGAUUGCCGAAUCCUUAGCACAUCUUAUCAAUGGUUAUCACAUGCUACUAUCACAGCAGGGAUCGAUUUGGGCUCCAUCUGAAUUAGUGGAUGAGUUAAAAAAGCAAGAAAUGAAAGUACCUUUUGUAAAUGGCGAAUUGGCAUUUACUCCUAAAGAUAUUAAUCUUCUUGUGGACCGCUCACGAGUAAUACUAGAAGAAUUACUGGGUGAUGGUCAGUUUGGCAAUGUUUACAAAGGAAAAUUUAUGAAAGAGGAUGGUGUAAUGGAUGCUGUUGCUGUAAAAGUUUGCAAAAUGAAUGAUGAGACAGUGGAAAAAGAGAAUUUUCUAGAAGAAGCUUUUGUAAUGCAUCGGUUUCAUCACGAACAUAUUAUUGCAUUGGUGGGAAUUUGUAUAGAAAAACCUAUUUGGAUUGUAAUGGAAUUGGCGCCACUUGGCGAAUUGCGACAAUAUUUGUUGCAUAACACUGCGACAAUUGAUUUAUCCGUUCAACUUUUAUUCAGUCAGCAACUCAGUUCUGCUUUAGUUUAUUUGCAUUCAUGUAAAUACGUGCAUCGAGACAUCGCUGCUCGUAACGUCCUCUUGUCAUCUCCACAUUGCGUGAAGUUAUCGGAUUUUGGUCUAAGCCGUUGUGUUGAAGAAGAUAACAUAUAUACAGCAUCUCGAGGGAAGCUUCCGAUAAAAUGGAUGGCACCGGAAUCAAUUAAUUAUCUCUGUUUCAAUAAGGCAACCGAUGUUUGGAUGUUCGGUGUUUGCAUGUGGGAAAUACUUACCUAUGGUGUGAAACCCUGGCAAGGUGUCCGGAAUCAUAAUGUUAUAUUGAAAAUUGAGGGUGGUGAACGACUUGAAAGACCCAGUAACUGCCCGCAAGUUCUUCACGAUUUAUUAUUGCGUAUGUGGAGUUUUGAGGCUUUAAAAAGACCAACAAUAUUUGAAGUUAAUCGUUACCUUGGUUUUCUGCUGGAUCAAAUUGAUUGUCAUGUUCCUUUCGGAUUACUUGCGGCACCUUCAGAAAACGAGAUCGCUGCGUUAAUUAAAGAAAAAAGCGAAACAAAUGGUUUUCUAACGGUAGCACCAGUAUUAAAAGUGGAUUCUGCAGCAAUGCCAACGUCAACGUUGUGGCGCACAUUGGAGCAGCAAAGAAUUCAGUCGGAGGAGGAUGAUAGAUGGCUCGAAGAGGAGGAAGAAAAACUUCUACCACUACCAGCACUUUCAACAGUUCGAGCGCAGCAUAUUAAUUCACUAUCCAGAAAAAAAUCGUUGUUAAGCGAAGAAAAGAAUAUACCACCAGGUUAUGAAUUUGACCGCCGCAGUGAUACAGUGCAUGCAGCUGUUUUUAGAGUAAUUGGUGCAGUAACAAAUUUAUCUAAAGAAUUCCAUGCAACAAUGGCAAGUGGACAUUUCAACGAAUGUGUUAAAAUUAUCAUGGAUCAUUUGAGAAAUUUAUUUAAUGAAUCCAUCCAAUAUAUAUCAAUUUUAAACACUUCUGAUCAGCAGGAUGUAAAAUUGGUUGAGACACUUUUGGAAUCAGAUUUGCAUAACCUAUCGGAAGCGAUGAAAAAAAAUUUGGGGGAAAAUGUAAGCAAGGAUACUUAUGAAGUAUUAAGAAGAGAAGUAUUGAAAAUAAGUCAUCGUUUGGCAUUUAAUUGUAAGCAGUUCUUGGAAACAAUUGAUAGUGCACGUAUUCGAAGUGGUAUUGCAAAGUUGCAGCUUAAAGAUGGAUCUUUGGUGCAUUAUGUAUAA